GUAAAAAGGCGUUUUGCAGCGGUGCAUGAUGGUCAUUGUAGUUUACGAGCAGGUCAACGGUUGUUUGUUUAUUCAGGGCGGACCCUCUCUUCUCUUUUCAGCUGGACUCUAAAGGGUCUUGUUUUUUUUAUAUUUUCCGCCUAUUUUCGUUAUCAAAAUGGAAACAUGAAGAACUGAGAAGUGUGGUUAAGUUGCAGCGCUGUUAGUAUCCUGCACGUCGGAGGUUUCUGGGCAGAAAAAAGGAUGAGGGAUCUUCAAGCCAUUGACAGCUUGCUCCUGAAAGAGCUGAAGUCAUGUCGUUCAAAAGAGUACAACUUUCUUCCCAGAGAGACUGGCUUAAGGCUGAUGGAGUCAGCUUCCACAGAGAAUCACAGUGGAGUAUCUGCGAAAUGCAGAGACACCCGAGUGGAAGAACUGUGGGGCCUGACCAGUUUCUUUGGCUACAGCACUCAAACAUUUGUUCAAGCUGUCAAUUUGCUUGAUAGAUUCCUCGCCAUCAUGAAGGUCCAGCCCAAACACUUGCCCUGUAUCGGAGUCUGCUGUCUUCACAUCGCGGCGAAAAUGGUCGAGGAAGAGAACAAUGUCUCACCCACCCAUGAACUCAUUCGCAUAAGCCAAAGCAAGUUCACUGUGUCAGACCUGUGUCGUAUGGAGAAGAUUAUCUCAGAGAAGCUCAGUGUGGAGCCCGAGGCUGUGACGGCUUUUACCUUUCUACACCUCUACUACCCCGCCUUCACAUUCCUGUCUGCUGGAAGGGAGGAGAUCCCAAGCAUUGGGAGACUGGAAGCCCAGCUAAAAGCCUGCUUAUGCCGGCUUGUUUUCUCUAAAGCAAAACCAUCAGUGCUGGCACUGUCCCUCAUUGCUCAGGAGUUUGAGGCCCUCCAGUCCGUCACCUUGUUGAAGAUUGUACAGCAAUUCCAAAGACACCUAAAGAUCAGCGACAGCGAGCUCCUCCACUGGAAGGAACUUGUGGCCAAAUGCAUGACUGAAUACUGCUCAAGUGAAUGUAACAAACCAGACAACAAAAAGCUUGUUUGGAUCGUCUCCAGGAGAACGGCCCAGAACCUUCAGGCCAAUCACUUCAGUGUGCCCGGCCUGCCAACCAUUCCUGAGGGGAGCUGGGACGAGAGUGAGAGCGAGGACUCCUGUGAGGAUAUGAGCUGUGGAGAAAACAGCCCCUGCGGCUCGCCAGGAAGCGACGGCGAAGGAGCCUUCUUCCCAUCUGCCUUUCUCAACCGCAAAAAGUGACGAGUCCUCAUUGUGCAGUAGCGACGGAUGUGUAUUUGUCAUCUGAAUUGUAACUGAUUUUAAGGUGGUCCCCAUGUUUCUGAGCAAACCUGCAUUUCACUUGUCGUACCACCUUAGGUACGACAAGUGACAGGUUUCAAUCAUUAAGUGCCUGUGUUGAUUCAGUUUACUGUCCGUUUCUUUUAAUGUUUAAAAAUAAUACAUAUCGUAUAAAUGCAAAAUGGAAAAUUGCAAUAUCUCGGCAGCUUGAUGGUAACGCGUCUGAAUGUCUUUUUUCCUAAGAUGUUCUCUUUGUGAUUGUUUGUGUCCGAGCUCGGCACAUUCCAGGAAAACCCGUGAAGCACAACGGAGAACUUGUGUCAGUCAUGAGAUACACUCACGGUUGAAUACCAGCUAACACACUAGCACAUCCUCCAUCUUUUUUUAAACCCGUUUUUAUACUCAAUAAUACCAUCCAUAUAUACAGUAUUCUGCAAGCGUAUGUUAGUACACCAUCCUAAUGUGACAUAUAGGACAAUUUAGUGUGUGUAUGUAUAUGUAUAUGCAUGGAAAUGUUGACAUAUGUGAUUAUGAAUGGAUGUUGUUCAUGUUUACCAAAAUAAGCUAAAAAAUGUUUAAAAAAAUGUAUAUAACAUGUAAAAAAUGACGGAAAAAUCUUUAUGUUUUGUGAAUGAUACAUAAUGUGUUGUAUUUGGAUAUAAUGUGGAAUAUGUUGGAAGGGUCAGAAAUAAUCCUUCCAAAUAAAAAAAAAAAGCUUUUUA